AUGUCUUUGGUCCCUAUGUCCCGUCCAGCUAAUGGCCUAGGUUCCAAUGGGAACCUGAUCAAUGUUCAGUUGAACCUUUUUCAGGUGUCAAUGGCCCCGUCCAAGGAAAUGUUCCAUUACAACGUCGAAAUAUUCUCUUCCAAGGAUACUAGUCCGCCUAUUGCGAUGAAGAAGCGGAUCUUCAACUACAUCCAUUCCAAGUUUGGCGAAGCCCUUGACGGCAUCGGGCCCAUCUUUGAUGGGGAUAAAACUGUGUAUAGCCACAGAGAGCUCCAAUCGUUGGAGGGAACCGUUAAAGUUCCUAGCUUCAAACUUCCACCGGAGGACGAAGAGUUUAAAUAUAUUCUGAGCCCGGUGGAAAAACCCAAAUGGCGUACUUCGGAUAUCUUUCAUCUGUUGUUUGGGCCUCAAGGCCCCUCGAUGAGGAAUAAGUCAGACGACGAAAAGGGGGCUUUGAUCAAUUCUUCGCGACGAGCCAUGCAAGCCUUAAAUGUGGCCGUCAGAUAUCUCUUGGCAUCCAAUUGCCCAUCGACCUCGAGAGCCUUCUUUCCGGAUGGCGCCCCCUUCUUGGACAUUGGCACGGGGGUGAUUUUGAGACGCGGGUACAUCACCCACAUGAGGAUGGGGAACACGACGAACUUCAAUCCGCCUCCGGACAACUUGUUUCUCGCCAUGGACAUGACCUGUGCGACGUUUCUCGAGGCGCCUCCGGCGAACAAUCCGGCGAACACUUUAGCCGAUCUCUGUUGCAAGAUUCUGAACAUUCCGCCCCAAAGAAUGUGUAACUUGCAGGAGGACGAUUAUCGGAAGCUACACAAGAUGCUCAGGAGAUUCAAGAUUGAUAUCGUGAGGGGUGAAUCAGACCGGGGGAUCACCAAAUCAAUUGAUCAUCUCACAUUGACCAAUUCCAGAAGUGAAAUGUUUCAAACCGAUGAGGGAGAGACCUCCGUCGAGGCUUUUUUCCUCAAGACCUGGGGAAGGAGACUGCGCUUUCCUGAUUUACCCAAUGUUGUAACCGUUGGGAAGGGAAAAAAGACCGUUUAUCCCAUGGAGCUAUGCUCUAUUCGAAAGGGCCAACGGUACAUCCUAAAGCUCAACGGGGACCAGCAAUCUUCGGCCCUGAGAUUUCAAACAAUCAAGCCCGAAGGUCGGUUCCAACAAAUCAUGGUUGCUCGAGAACAUGUCAUGGACCACACUCAUGAAAAACUCUUGAGUGCCUAUGGAAUCAAAAUCGGGAGAAAAUUUGUUGAAGCACAAGCUCGAGUCCUUCCACCACCGGUGGUAGAGUACAGCCAAAACUUGAGGAUAUCGGUGCGGGACGGUCAAUGGAACAUUGCAAAGCCCAAUUUGCAGCUUUUGUCCACAAAAGUACUCAAGUCAUGGGCCGUGGUUAUUUGCACUAGUGCCCAUUUACCGGAGCAAGCUCUCAUGAACUUCCUAGGCGGUUUGAGAGCAAAGUUGAUUCAGCUAGGUGUUCAAGUUGCCGAUGCUCCUCCUCCUAUAAUCCGUUUGCAAGCUCCCGGCCAGCAACCUCAAGUAAAAGAGGCUUUGGAAAAGGCUGGAAAGACCGCAUGGCAGAGCUUUGACAAGAACCCGCCACAGCUUUUCCUGUGUAUCACAGAUGAACGUAGCUAUCUGUACAAUCCCAUCAAGGUUGAAGGAGACAACUUUGCGAACCGCGGCGUCACCACCCAAUGCAUGGUUCUCAAGCAUGUUAAGAAUGCUAAAGAUCAAUAUCUUUCAAACUUGGCUUUGAAAAUAAAUUUGAAAAUAGGCGGACUCAAUCACCGAUUAUCAGACCUCGAGCCAGCCUGUGGCGGCGUGCCCACCAUGAUUGUUGGCGCUGAUCUUACUCACAACAAUCUUUCCUUGAAGAUGAAGCCAUCCAUUGCAGCCUUGGUUGGAAGUCUCGACCGAACAUUGUUGAAGUUCGCGCCCGCGGUUGGUGUUCAGCCUUUGUUGGAACCGAGCGAUGAAGAUGGCAGGCCGAGAUCUCAAGAGCCCAUUCAACUCUUCAGAACUCUGUUAUCAAACUUGCUCCAAAAGUGGGGCAAGACCAACCCCGGCCCAAAGUUUCCUCGCAGGAUGAUCAUCUUCAGGGAUGGUGUCUCCGAUGGCGAAUUCAGUCAAGUCUUAGAGAGUGAAUUCAAGGCUGCAAAAGCUGCAAUUGAAAAAAUUGCUGGAAAGCCCGACCAAUGCAAGAUCACUUACAUUGUUUGCGUCAAAAAUCAUCGUUUAAGGAUGUCACCGGACCAACGCUGUCAGGAUAGAUCGGGGAAUGCGCCGGCAGGAUCUGUCCUGGACAACCGAAUUGGUGACCCGUUUCUGUUUGAUUUUUUCGCGCAGACACAGGCUGGCUUGCAGGGCACCUCACGACCAACCAGAUACGUGAUCUUGAAGGAUGAGAGCAAUUCCUCGGCUGAUGACCUACAGGCGAUUAUUCAAAUCAUUUCUUCCGGCUUCCAACGCGCAACUAGGAGCGUAGGACUUGCCACACCUGCCUAUUACGCCGACAUAGUGGCUUCCCGAGCUAAGAUGUGGGUAAAUGUGGAUGAUGAUGGAGCAUCAACUGUGGCAUCAGCCUCCUCUGGCCGAGACCAGACUGCCGAAGACCGCGCCCGUGAUUUGGAAGUAUACCAACACAAAAUCAACGCCAUGAUGACCAAAAUGGAUGCUUUAGAUCAACAAAUGUGGUGGAUCUGA